AUGAAUAAGGCGGUUGUUGUUUUUUUGAAGGACGAGUCCACCGUCCAUCAGCUGGUUGAGUCCGGAGUGAUAGUGAGGGAGAUGCUAGUGCAGGUUAGCCCGUUAGCAGUGCCUUCUACCCGAAUCACAGUAUCCGGAGUUCCGCCGUUCAUCCCGAACGCGCUGCUGGAGAACGAGCUCCGCAGGUUCGGAAAAAUGGCGAGCGGUUUCCGGACUGUUAGUUUGGGUUGUAAGGACCAGAAACUGAAGCAUGUGCAGUCUCUGAGACGGCAGGUGUUUAUGUUCUUGGAAUCCCCCACACAGACACUGGAGGUGUCAUUUCCCGUGAAGCACGGUGAUGGGCUAUACAUGGUUUACGCGAGCUCGGGACACAUGAAAUGCUUUGACUAGAGGCCUAGCGGCGUCUGCGUGGGGCGACUCUCCUGCGUCUGCGGGGGCCAGAGGUCCUUCGGACUCUCCGGCGCCUGCGAACGGGGCGGGUAG